UUCGGCGAGGAGACCGGCUCAGGCCCGGGAGAGCGGCGGCGGCGCGGGCGAUGGACUGGAAGCUGGAGCGCGCCGCCCCGCGGAGGGUCCGCGCCGAGGAGCGGGCGCUGUGGGUGAGUCGAGGCGCGCAAAUCUCCACAGCUGGUCUUGUUGUUAACGGUUCCGAACUUGACACAGAUGGGCCCCGAUUUCCAGUCGUGUGGUUUAGUUAGUUAUAUCCUGGAGAUGCCUAGUUGCUUUAAAAAAAAAGAGCGAAGGCAGUUUGACAAGCACGGGACCUGGGGAAGCUCCACACCCGCCAUCACAUGUCCCCACAUCGUGUCUCUCAGCGUGUUAUCUGUGUUUUCAAAGGAGAGCAUCAUGCGCGUGCUCGCCGGAGACUUGGAGCGGAAGAGAAGUCAAGGCUCCCCCCAGAUAUUUGAUUCAGUUAAUACUACAUAUUCCAACUUCAAGAGCAACUUUGUGAAGAGGCUGUCAGCUGAGGAGCCUUUUGCCAGUAGCCCAAUUUCCACAAGAUGGCGGCAAAGUCAAACCAGGGAUUUGUCAGCCUAUUCCUUUGGAGAAGAGCAUUCCACCGUGGACCUCCCAGAAUCUUCUGGAUCAGUGCUGAAGAUAACGCCUCAGAAAGACACAUUGACUCUAGGGUCCUUCAAAGAACUACUGAAGACCCCCAUCAAAGGAAGUUCUGAAACAAAUAACUCUGUUCUCCAUUUCUGCAAGGCAACUGAUGCAAUGGAUAGAGGCUGGAAGGAAAAUGUUGCCUCAAAAGGCCAGAAAUGCCGAAACCAGCUAUUUGCAACCCAGAAGGUGGUUCAGCAGCUUAAUGGAAAAAUGCAGCUUUGUGCACAAUCCCAGUGUGUUUGGAAAGGCUGCAGAGAUGGAGUCAGAGAUGGAUCCUUCUAUCUUAAAAGGUUCAGUGAUGUAAAGUCUUCCAUGAUCUCACCAGAGAUGAAGAUUCAUCUUACUGGUCUUCAAAAUGACUACUAUCUGAAUAUCCUAGACUGGAGCUUUCAGAAUCUUGUUGCUAUAGCCCUUGGAUCUGCUGUAUCCAUCUGGAAUGGAGAGAACCACAAGACUGAAAUCAUAGACUUAAGUCUCGCUUGUAAUUAUGUAUCUUCUGUGUCCUGGAUAAGAGAGGGAACUUGCCUGGCAGUUGGCACCAGCGAAGGAGAAGUGCAAUUAUGGGAUGUGGUAACUAAAAAGCGGCUGAGAACUAUGCUUGGUCAUUUGUCAGUAGUUGGGGCUCUGAGCUGGAAUCACUGUAUCCUCAGCAGUGGGUCAAGGCUAGGGCGUGUCUAUCAUCAUGAUGUUCGGGUUGCCCAGCAUCGUGUUGGAACACUUUGCCACAAGCAAGCUGUGUGUUCUCUGAAGUGGUCACCAGAUGGCAGGCUGCUUUCCAGUGGCUGCAGUGACGGACUGCUGACAGUGUGGGCCCACGAUCCAGGUGCCAGUGCACAGGGCCAGCCACUGAAAGUCAUACCCCACUCUACAGCAGUCAAGGCCAUGGCUUGGUGUCCCUGGCAGUCUGCAGUCCUUGCUGUUGGAGGAGGAAUGAAGGAUGGAUGCUUACACAUCUUGGAUUUAAAUGCUGGGAAGAGCAUCCAGACCCCAAGCACAAACUCACAGAUUUGUUCCUUAAUCUGGCUACCUAAGACAAAGGAGAUUGCAACUGGCCAAGGUGCUCCUAAGAAUGAUGGGACUCUGUGGACUUGUCCCACUCUGUCCAGGGCAGGUGGGUUUUUUGGGUUGCAAUAUGACUCGGCUUCACUUUGCCAGUGGAGAUCUAGCUACCCACAAAAGUUACAGGAGGAAAACAGCAGAUAAUUGUCUUUCCAAAGAAACAAAGCCAAAGCAAUCCCUUUCAGGCAAAAGUUAGUGGUAUGAAUGCAUGAAAUUCAUGUAGGCAGAAAAAGAGGGUCAAGAGAGCCUAAGUGCAGCCAUUUUGGCCAAUACCAGAUCGCAGCCACAGUGAGCAAGGAAGUUGCCAACAGGUCACUGGCCCAGGACCACCCAAGGAUGGAUGAAUUACUAAGCUGAUGCCUUACAAACUGUUUAUGCUUACCCUUCUGUGACAGCAGUUUAUGAUUAACCUUUGUGGCCUGACCACAAGUGUUUGAACAUUUAAAAAUGUUUCCCUUAUCCCAUAAGGGGUCCUCCUCUACUUGGGAAAGGACUCCUACUCUGUCUGUGGAGUAGGUUCUAUUAUUGUCUGUCUUUCUCUCAAUAAACUUUCUGUUGCUACUUGGCGCACUCUUGAAUUCUUUCCCAUGAGAAGCCAAGAACCCACUCGUCAAAUUCAGGGGGCUUUUCUCCCUUCAAUGGGACACCCCCUGCAUCAAAAUAAGGAACCAUGUGAGAACCUGGGAUCCUCCCCAGGCAGGUAUAUUUCUCCUGCCUGUUAUAGUGCCUGACAUUUGCAGAAUUAGUCCUUUAGGUUUAGUUCAAUAGCCAAUUCCAGGGCUAUUUAGAGGACAGGGAAGGAUUGCUAAGGUUCAGUGGUGGGGGUGGCUGGUGGGAAGGGACUAGCAUCUUGGGAUGCUGCCAUGGCUUCACCAUGCUGCACGUGGCUUCCAAAAGCAUGAAGGUUCUGGUUGCUUCCUGGGUGCCCAGAGUGGUGGAUAGGGGAGGGAAUGGGUGAAGGAGGGCAAAGAAGAGAAAGUAGAAGAUGCUGAAGACAAAUGUCAUGUUUGGCUAGUUUUGGCUUUGCUAGUUUUGGCACUGAAGGCAAGACAUAGUUUCAUGAAAGAACAGAGAACUUUGGAUCUCUCAAUCUCUAAUAACUCCCAGACCAUAAACACUGAACAGUCCUUUUCUUUGGAUAAUAAUACUCUAUAGAGUCUUUAGGAAAAAUGAGAAAUGACAAGGUAGUACUCAGAGCUUAAAAAUCCGUGACGUGUUUCUUCUACUUUUGCCUUUAAGCAGAGCCCUGUCCCACCCUUCUCGGGGGACUCUGGGAUGGAGGCUUGCACUUUCUCUAGUGUGAGUCAUAUUUGGAAGUUGUUUACUGGGGAUUAAGCUAAAUUCUAGGAAGCUAUGGAUGGGAUCUGGCCUGAGGUCCUCAGGCAGGGGAGGAGGUCUGCUAAGAGGGGAAAGGGUACUGAAGGCUCUUAAGGACUCCUGACUUCAGCUUUUCUGAGUUUGCAUAUCUUCAAGUUUGGAUCUCUGUAUGUUAGUAUGAAAAACGAUAAAAAAAACCCCACAAAAAACCAAACCAUUGCUUCGCAGUGGUUUUUGAUAUAAAAUUGGGAAGAUAUAGUAGGUCAACUCAUACACUAGCCAU